AUGUGCGGUGAGGGCAGCAGUGCUCAGGUGGAGAUUUGCGAAGUUGAAGUAGACUCGAGCUUUUUGGAUUCAGCUGAUGGGCUCCGAUCGUUGGAGCCUUUAGAUAUGCAGCUACGGAGUUCCAAUCCUGAGCCAGCUGUAGUCCUUAAUGUUGACAAUGAGCAGUUAUUGUCAAAGCUUGUGCUGGAUUGCUGGGAAAAAUACGCGGCUUGA